AUGUCGUUUCCGUGGUUCUCAAGACGACAGCGCUCUCCAUCGCAAGCAGGAGGAAGCCGCCCUGUAAGAAGGACCAACUCUCUCCAGAGUCAGCACGAGUCCCAAUCGACCAGAAUUCCACGGCCACAGCACACUUCACACGCUACUGUCCAAUCAGACAUCCAAGCACCAGUUGAACCGGAGUCGAGCAGUUCAUCCCAAGAGCCUGCAUUCACUUGGCAGGAUAUCGAUCCCCCUGCGGACAACUGGAGUCCUUCCGACCAUAAACCCCCUAGCCAGGAAACACCACUACCACUUGACGACCAAAAAAUGCUUGACUCAACAAGCGAAGUGAGCUCGCUUCCGGGCUACAACGACGUCAGCGGAGCUGUUAUCGUCGACUGGAACGGUCUGCCUCACUUCCUCUCUCCGCAAGAAGAGCUCGAGAGGAACUCGAGACUGCAGCGCGCGGUCGAGGAAAGGAUGUUGGGAUUGACGAGGCAGACCGACUUUGAAUGGGAACGACCGUGUCAGGGAGAGGUACUACCGCGCUACACGCCUCCCAAGGACAAAACGCAUUCGCGAAGUUCCAGUAGGCGAUGA